AUGUCGCUGCAAGUCCCCUACCGUGGAAAGGCACCCAGAGAGGGUGCCACCAAGGCUGUCAUUCUGGUCGGAGGCCCCUCCAGAGGAACUCGAUUCCGUCCACUUUCCCUCGACGUUCCCAAGCCCCUCUUCGAAGUCGCUGGUCACCCCAUCAUCUGGCACAACUUGGCUGCCAUUGAGCGAGUUCCCGGCAAGGAGAUCACCGAGGUCCUCAUCAUCGGCUACUACGACGAGUCCGUCUUCCGCGACUUCAUCAAGGACGCCUCCCACGAGUUCCCCAACCUCUCCAUCAAGUACCUCCGCGAGUAUGAGGCUCUCGGCACUGCAGGCGGUCUCUACCACUUCCGCGAUGCUAUCCUCAAGGGUCACCCCGAGCGCCUCUUCGUCCUGAACGCCGACGUCUGCUGCUCCUUCCCUCUCCCCGAGAUGCUCCAGCUCUUCCACGACAAGAACGCCGAGGCCGUCAUUCUGGGUACGCGCGUCUCUAACGAAGCCGCCACCAACUUCGGAUGCAUCGUCAGCGAUGCCCACACCCGCCGUGUGCUCCACUACGUCGAGAAGCCCGAGUCGCAAAUCAGCAACCUGAUCAACUGUGGUGUCUACCUCUUCUCUACCGACGCCAUCUUCCCCUCCAUCAAGACCGCCAUCAAGCGCCGUACCGAUCGUCCCUCGCGCCUCGUCUCCUACCCGAGCUCCGAGAACCUCGAGAACAGCUUCAUUAUCACCGACGAUGACGAGGAGCGCAAGAACGAGGUCAUCCGCCUCGAGCAGGAUAUUCUCGGUGACCUCGCCGACACCAAGCACUUCUUCGUGUAUGAGACCAAGGACUUCUGGCGCCAGAUCAAGACGGCUGGCUCAGCCGUCCCUGCCAACGCCCUCUACCUGCAGAAGGCCUGGCAGAACGGCUCCAAGGAGCUCGCCCAGCCCAGCGCUAACAUCAUCCCUCCCGUCUUCAUCCACCCGACUGCCACCGUCGACCCCACCGCCAAGCUGGGCCCCAACGUCUCCAUUGGACCCCGCGUCCACGUCGGCCCUGGUGCCCGCAUCAAGGAGUCCGUCGUCCUCGAGGACUCUGAGAUCAAGCACGACUCGUGCGUCCUGUACUCUAUCAUCGGCUGGGGCAGCCGUGUCGGUGCUUGGGCCCGUGUCGAGGGUACCCCCACCCCUGUCGGCAGCCACACGACGAGCAUCAUCAAGAACGGCGUCAAGGUCCAGAGCAUUACCAUUCUCGGAAAGGACUGUGGUGUCGGUGAUGAGGUCCGGGUCCAGAACUGUGUGUGCCUGCCCUUCAAGGAGUUGAAGAGAGAUGUUUCAAACGAGGUCAUUAUGUAA